GCCAUGGCCCGCCUGUGGCCGCUGCUGCUGCUCCUGGUGGUGGCCGCGCGCGCCCGGCCCGGCGCCGACGGGACGUGCCCCGAACGCGCGCUGGAGAGGCGGGAGGAGGAGGCGAACGUGGUGCUCACCGGCACCGUGGAGGAGAUCCUCAACGUGGACCCGGUGCAGCACACGUACUCGUGCAAGGUUCGGGUCUGGCGGUACCUGAAGGGCAAAGAUGUGGUGGCCCAGGAGAGCCUGCUGGACGGAGGCAACAAGGUGGUGAUUGGUGGCUUCGGAGACCCCCUCAUCUGUGACAACCAGGUGUCCACCGGGGACACCAGGAUCUUCUUUGUGAACCCUGCCCCGCCGUACCUGUGGCCGGCCCACAGGAAUGAGCUGAUGCUCAACUCCAGCCUCAUGCGCAUCACCCUGCGGAACCUGGAGGAGGUGGAGCACUGCGUGGAAGACAAACCUGGGACCCACUUCACGCCAGUGCCCCCAACGCCUCCGGAUG